GACAAAAAAGGGAAGGGUUUCUCUUUUCAGUAUUAUGAAUGAAUGUCUGUGCUUUAAUGUUAGCCGUUAACCAGUUAUUAUCAGAUAAUAUCAACCAGGCAGUGAUAACGAGCUGAACUAAGCUCGAAUAAAUUAGUUCAAGAUGUCUGCGAGUGCGGUGUAUGUCUUGGAUUUGAAAGGAAAGGUCCUCGUGUGCCGGAAUUACCGGGGAGAUGUUGACAUGUCAGAGAUUGAGCACUUCAUGACUCUUCUGAUGGACAAAGAGGAAGAGGGGACACUAUCUCCAAUCCUGGCCCACGGAGGAGUCCGAUUCAUGUGGAUCAAACACAAUAAUCUCUACUUGGUUGCAACAUCCAAAAAAAAUGCUAGCGUCUCGCUGGUCUUCUCCUUCUUGUACAAAAUUGUCCAGGUAUUUUCAGAGUAUUUUAAAGAACUGGAAGAAGAGAGUAUCAGAGACAACUUUGUCAUCAUAUACGAGCUGAUGGAUGAACUGAUGGACUUCGGCUAUCCUCAGACCACAGACAGCAAGAUUCUGCAAGAAUACAUAACCCAGGAGGGGCACAAGCUUGACACCGGCGCCCCAAGACCCCCAGCCACAGUCACCAACGCCGUCUCCUGGAGGUCAGAGGGGAUCAAGUACAGGAAGAACGAGGUCUUCCUGGACGUCAUUGAGUCAGUCAACCUCCUGGUGAGCGCCAAUGGUAACGUUCUCCGUAGUGAGAUUGUCGGCUCCAUUAAGAUGCGUGUCUUCCUGUCUGGGAUGCCUGAGUUGCGGUUGGGCCUUAAUGACAAAGUUCUGUUUGAAAACACUGGACGUGGGAAGAGUAAAUCAGUGGAGUUGGAGGAUGUGAAGUUCCACCAGUGCGUCCGUUUGUCUCGCUUUGAGAACGAUCGCACCAUCUCUUUCAUUCCUCCUGACGGAGAGUUUGAGCUCAUGUCCUACAGACUCAACACUCAUGUAAAGCCCUUGAUCUGGAUUGAAUCUGUAAUUGAGAAGCACUCCCACAGUCGGAUCGAGUACAUGAUCAAGGCAAAGAGCCAGUUCAAAAGGCGUUCCACGGCCAACAAUGUGGAGAUCCACAUUCCUGUGCCAACGGACGCUGACUCACCCAAAUUCAAGACCACAGUGGGCAGCGUGAAGUGGGUGCCCGAGAACAGCGAGAUCGUCUGGUCCAUCAAGUCUUUCCCUGGUGGAAAAGAAUAUUUGAUGCGAGCUCACUUCGGUCUGCCAAGCGUCGAGGCUGAAGACAAAGAGGGGAAGCCACCAAUCAGUGUCAAGUUUGAGAUCCCAUACUUCACCACCUCAGGCAUCCAGGUGCGUUACCUGAAGAUCAUUGAGAAGAGUGGAUACCAGGCCCUGCCGUGGGUGCGCUACAUCACCCAGAAUGGAGAUUACCAGCUCCGGACUCAGUAGGCAGCAGGCAGGUGGAGAUCAGAGGGGGCGGAGUCAAGCCGCUAAUGUGAUAUCAAUGGCAGGUGUCAGUCAUGAGAUCAACUGUCAGUAUCUCCUUUUUUAUUUUUAUUUGUUGAAGGUAUAAAAUGAAUUUUGAUCAAUGCAAAUAUUAGAUGGAGCUGUCGGUUAGUAAAGAUUUAAACAGUAUAAUUAUGUUCUACUACUGUGUGGCUCCGAAUGUGACUGAGGCCAAUGAUAGCAAGAGUUACGUUUACAUCCAACCCGAGAGAAAAUUCAUUACAGUGGGUCAAAUAGUUCAAAAGAGUGUUACAUUUUCAUGUAAAGUUACUGUAAUCACAUCCACACAUGUAAAAAAAAAGAAACACGCUCCGGUCAGUCUAGUACAUGAAGCUGCUUUGUUCUGCCACAAUUCCUAUUUGUUGAUUAUCUGUAUAUAUUUGUUUCAUGUUAAUGAACUUUAAAUUCAGUGUUAUUUGUUGUAAAUUUAAAAGCUCACUCUUUUUUUGUACCAUUACCUCCAUGUGAUGCCAUUGACACAUGUCAGAGCGACGCCCGCCUGCAUGGCUGUUGUGCUUUCUAUUCGUCAGCGUGACUCCUCGGACAUUCAGCUUUGCAUAAAAACAUGAAAACGCUCGUUGAAGUUACACAGUGAACCCAGUACCAGAAAAAAAAAUCUGUUUUCCACCCCGACACCUGUUUCCCCCUUCCCCUCUGUGUAGCCAUGCUGUUUUAAAUCAUUAAAUGUCUAUUUAGAGAAAGUU